GUAGACUUUUAUUUAUUUCAUAUACUCGGUCCCUUCCCAAAGAAAUUGGAGUUUCACUACUGCUAGACACGGAAGCUUGUUGAAAGAAAGCUUCUUAUAAUCUGUUGAAAAGCAUUUGUACAAUUUGUGGACGGAUGAUUUAUUCACAUGAUGUGGGAGCUUUAAAUAAUAGCGUUACAUGUCCAACUGGCAAGCUGUACUAAAAUGUCAUCUCUGCCUAAGGAUUGUCUAGAAAGCGUGGCAAUUAAGGAGUUUCAGAAAAAGUACAAGCUUGAUUGUGAUGAGAUAUUUGAUCUUGCUCAGACAUUUUUCAAUGAGAAAGCUGAGAAGGCGUUCCACUUAAGUUUUGACGACCGGAUUCAUCUUUCAGCCCUCAUAUGUAUUAAGAAGUACGGAAAGUACGAUCGAACGAAAACACCAGUACCUGGGCUUCUUGAUUUUAUAGGGCAGAGGAGAAAUGCUCGUUGGGAAACCUUAAGUGAUAUGAAGCCAAAAGAAGCUGAAGUAGAGUUCAUAAAUAGGAUUUGUCACCUAUGUCCAUUAUUCAUAUCAUAUUUGGAAGCCUAUUCACGCAGCAAAGGAAGUGUUGCUGAUCAUUUUUCAAAAGAAACCAACGUUUCUAGUCUGAAUGAACCUGCUGGUACCAUCGAUAAUGGUGACCAAUCUUGUUUCAUUUUAAAAAAUGAAUCUGAAAUUCGAGCAGCUUUAAAUGCUCAAACUGAAAGUCAGUUCCAAUCUUAUGCGUCCCUUCAUUAUCCCACAGAUGCAGUUAAGAGAGCUGAACUUAUUGCACAGUUGCAAGAUCGGCAUUUUCACGAAUAUAUGGCAUACAUACAACGUCAAUAUCCCUUUAUUCAGCGAUCACAGAUUGAAUCUUCCUCUCAGACAACCGCUGUGUCGACAAUGAAUGAUUCGGUUGAAGAUUAUCCAGUCACAAAUGUAAAGUCAAUGGACGGUGUAAAUCGUUCAGAAACAGUCUCUUCCAAUGAGGAUUAUAUCAACGAUCAAUCUGUUCUCAACGGCACAGUGCAGUUAGAGGCGUCUUUACAUUCCCCCGAGAUUCAAAAAGAAAACUCAGUACCCGCUGAUGUUUCUGUUAACGACCUGUCUUGUACAGAUACUUCAGAUCUGUCAACUCUUGAUUCAGAUAAGAAAUGCCUUGACACUGAUCCUUACCUAAAUGCAUCUUUGGUGGUACAUGCCCCUACAUUAUGGACUCGUGGGGAAGUUAAAGAAUUUAAACAGUGUUUAACUGAAGAUGAAGAGUCUAUUAUUCGAAUAAACAGCGGUGAAGUUUAUUCAGUAAGCUGUAAUAAUAUUGAAAACAUUGGGAAUUUUUAAGAUAUGUUAUGUAUCUCUGUCAUUCAAUCAUACACAAGGUAGAACGUGUUAAACUUGAUUUUUUAAAAAUUGUAACACUAUAUCAACACAGCGGGGUGGAAUUAUCAAGACAUACCACCAGAUUAGUGACUCUGUCAGUGGUAGUAGUAGAGAUUAGGUAUAGACAAUAUGAUUCGACGAAGGGUGAGCUCACGGAAUAAGUAUUAUAUGGUAAUUUGGAGACUCAAAUUUUGAGAGAAGAUAGAGAAUGAACGUGUAUAUGCGACAUUGUGACAAGGUCUAAGCCAUGUCACUCAACGUUUCUAACCAUUGGCCGCAAUAAUCAUGAGGAUUCAAGCCAGGUAGUUUGCAUCUACCAUUAUACAUAUAUCGUUAAUCUUAUUGAAUUACAUCUUCACUGUGGGCCGUUGCAAUUGAAAUAUUGAGUUCUCAACAGGGGUAAAACAGUAGUAUACUGUUGUUUAGUUCUCUUCACUAGUUCUCUAGGUGAAAUAACUUUGUAGUAUUAUUCUGGAAAUUCCUUGUUGAUAAAUUUAUCUGUGCACUGGUCUACUGAAAAAAAAUUACACUGGAAGAAAAUCACUGACCACUCAGUCAGAUUUUGGUCAGGCUGUCUGAUUAAAGAUUCGUUUGAAGAUUAUGAAGGCACUAUCUUAGCGUUUUAGAAAAUGGCUUACUGAAUAAGUCUGGAUUACGAAGCUGAUAAAACAGUCUAUACAAACAAUCGUACCCUAUCAUAACCAUUGCAUUGAGUCUUCAAACAGCAGAAUUAUUAACUUCCAACACUAACUUAACGAUGGAUGCAAGUAAAUUGGUUUGUUCGUAGUUGUUAAAGUGGAUUUGCACCAGAUUAUAAACCCUUUGGAGAUGCAUAUUUGGGAUGUACUCAUGAAUUGCUUCACAUUCACAUAUAUUGUUUGAAUAACCCCUAAAAGGUAACUGAGAAUCCCCCUCAUUUCUUAGCUCGGAGAUGAGAACAUUCUGUGUACAGUUAAGAGAUAAUCGAAUGGAUAACCACAAAAGUAUUAGAACUGGACUUAGGAAUUUUGAGAUAGUUGAUUUCCAUCAAAUAUAGUAAGUAGAUCCUAGUUUGUACCUACUUAUUCUGUUUGCCUUCAGAAUUCACUUUUUCGUUCAUUUAAAUGUCCUUCAAUCUCCUUUAGCUUUCACAUUUUGUUAAAUUUUGACUAUCGCGUUUAGUUGAAGUGGUGUAUUCUUCACAGAGUUUGGGGUGCAUAGUGUACUUGGCAGCGAUUAACAUUAAAAUGGAAUCAUUGACUGCUCAUCAUGUUGUUGGGUGCAGACUACCUGGUUGGGGUCUGAGCGAUAAUCGCGAUCAGUGGCUGAGGAUUGGGUGAAAUUGCUAAACAUUCACAAUGGAGCAGAUGCGCUCACUCUUCAUCUUUCCCUGUAUUUUAGAUUCCAGUAUUCCUUCGCAUAUACAUUUUUACUUUGUGUUUUCAUGUCCUCAAUCUUUUUUAUGGUCACCGUUACUGCAUUAUUCCGACCUAUUUUAUCAUGCGUGUUAAUUUCACAUCGUCACGCUAAUCUGGUGGACUAACUUAGACCAGGGCACAUCUGUCAGACUACGUUGAUGAAGUAAGCCGAUAGUGGAGCAUAUGCUUCGAGGUUUUAUGCUAAAUUUGUGUAAUAGUUCAUCUUACAGAUACUCUAGGCGUUUGCAUUUUUGAAAAACAUUAAUCUAGGUUCGUGUUCAAACACACCCAUCGGGCACGAGUAUAGUCUGGGAGUUCGCUACAGAUGACUACGACAUUGGAUUCGGUUUGUUUUUUGAAUGGGCGGGACCGCUUUCUGAUCCUGAAGUGAAACACAACAACCAUACUGCAUCAGUCAAUGCCGAAGAUGGUCACUCAGUAGUAACCAAGGCAGAGAACCCGG